CCCCCCGCGGUGACGAGCCGACGCGAGCUCACGUAACCGCUGCGGUCCGCCUGUGGAGCCACUGCGGCCGCUAACCGAGCUAACUAACGGACUAACUUAGCCAACUGGCGGACUAACGGCUCACUUCGCUAACCGGCCCCGGCGCGAGAGCAGAGCAGAACCCCCGCGCGGCCGCCUGCGCGCGCUGCCGCCCGGCUCACGAUGUGGCAACGCGUCGGGCUCACGCUGCUGGUCAUCGUGGCCGCGCUCGCGUGCGCGCUGCUCUUCAUGCUGUUCGGUUGGUUUGUCGUCUGGCAGCUCUUCCUGUCCAAGUUCAAGUUCCUGCGCGAGCUCGUCGGGGACGGCAGCGCCCCUCAGGCCGAGCCGACGCCGUCCGACGCCAAGAGCCGAAAUCGGCCCAGGACCGCACGCCAAAGAGUCGCCUCUCCGGAGAGCACUUCAUAGAUCGCCGACCACGCGUUUCCAACCCUCACGACCCCCCGAUCGGCCCUCCCACGAGUUUUGAUCUUGUGUUUUUAGAAGAACGGAGUCCCCUGCGUAAGGCAGUCAGAUGAGCUCGUCUGCAACAUUUCAAUAAGAACAACUGAAGACAAACUGAAACGGAGAUUUGUACAACUGACAUUCUUCUUGAACCGAGGGUGCAAUGACGUGAAUGUGUGCGCUGUUGACUAUUCCAGUUGUGUAAAAUGUGACAACUUUUCUUUUCCCGCAACUAUUUCACCCCUUUUUUUACAUUUUAUUUUUAUAGAUUUGUACUUGAUGGGGAGACGGGAGAAUGUUUCAUUGUGUAUAAUUCACAUUGUCGGUCAAGAUGACAUCCACUGUUUGUUUGUUUAGUUUCUCACUACAGGGCAAAUCAAUGCUGACCUCAUCAAUAUUUAUGUAUUCGUCUCCCUCCAAGUAAAACUCAUGUAACUUUUGCACCUUAUUUAAUCGGCAGUGAUUUUCUUUUCUUCUUUGGAGCAGUAGCUUCAAAUAAAUGAUGCCAUGAAUAGAA